AUGGCUUUCGGUGAUAUUGAUAGAUUAGCUAUCUCUACUAUUAGACUUCUAGCUGUAGACCAAGUCAGUAAAGCUAACUCUGGUCAUCCAGGUGCUCCUCUAGGUUUGGCUCCUGCUGCUCAUGUUUUAUUCUCUCAAAUGAGAAUGAACCCAAAGAACCCAGACUGGAUUAACAGAGAUAGAUUUGUUCUAUCUAACGGUCAUGCUGUCGCUUUGUUAUACUCAAUGCUACAUUUGACCGGUUACGACUUCUCCAUCGAUGACUUGAAGUCUUUCAGACAAUUGGGUUCCAAAUGUCCAGGUCAUCCAGAAUUCGAAUUGCCAGGUGUCGAAGUCACUACUGGUCCAUUAGGUCAAGGUGUCACUAACGCUGUCGGCCUAGCCAUUGCUCAAGCUAACUUAGCUGCUACUUACAACAAGCCAGGCUUCACUUUGUCUGACAAUUAUACUUAUGUCUUCCUUGGUGACGGUUGUCUAGAAGAAGGUAUCUCUUCUGAAGCUUCUUCUUUGGCCGGUCAUUUGCAACUAGGUAACUUGAUCUGUGUCUACGAUGACAACUCUAUCACUAUCGAUGGUGCCACCGAAGUUUCCUUCGAUGAAGAUGUCGCCAAGAGAUACGAAGCCUACGGUUGGGAAGUUCUAUACGUCGAAGACGGUAACACUGACUUAGACGCCAUUGCUAACGCCAUUGCUCAAGCAAAGAAGUCUCACAACAAGCCAACUUUGAUUAAGAUGAAGACUACAAUUGGUUACGGUUCUCUAAAUGCCGGUGAUCACUCCGUCCACGGUUCUCCAUUGAAGGCCGACGAUGUCAAACAAUUGAAGACUAAGUUUGGUUUCAACCCAGACAAAUCUUUCGUUGUUCCACAAGAAGUAUACGAUUUCUACCAAGCUAAGAUCCUAAACCCAGGUGUUGAAGCCGAAAAGAAAUGGAACCAAUUGUUCGCUCAAUACCAACAAAAAUUCCCAGAAGUCGGUGCUGAAUUGAAGAGAAGACUAGCAGGUCAAUUACCAGCUGGUUGGGAAAAGGUUUUGCCAACUUACACUCCAUCUGACUCUGCCCUUGCUACUAGAAAAUUAUCCGAAAUGGUCCUAGAUAAGAUUUGUGAUGAAUUACCAGAGUUGCUAGGUGGUUCUGCUGAUUUAACCCCAUCUAACUUGACUAGAGCUAAGGAUGCUGAAGACUUCCAACCACCUGCCAACAAAUUGGGUUCUUAUGCCGGUAGAUACAUCAGAUACGGUAUUAGAGAACAUGCCAUGGGUGCUAUCAUGAAUGGUAUCUCCGCUUACGGUGCUCACUACAAGGUUUACUCCGGUACUUUCUUGAACUUCGUCUCUUACGCUGCUGGUGCAGUCAGAUUGUCUGCUCUAUCUGGUCACCCAGUUAUCUGGGUUGCCACUCACGACUCCAUCGGUGUCGGUGAGGAUGGUCCAACUCACGAACCUAUCGAAACUCUUGCUCACUUCAGAGCUCUACCAAACAUGCAUGUCUGGAGACCAGCGGAUGGUAACGAAACCUCUGCUGCUUACAAGGUUGCUAUUGAAUCUACCACCACUCCAAGUAUUAUUGCUUUAACUAGACAAAACUUGCCUCAAUUAGAAGGUUCCUCCUUGGAAAAGGCUGCCAAGGGUGGUUACAUUCUAAAGGAUGCUACCAACCCAGAUAUUGUUAUUGUUGCCACUGGUUCCGAAGUCUCUCUGUCUGUUGAUGCUGCUAAGAUAUUGGCCGACAAGGGUCUUAAUGCUAGAGUUGUCUCCCUACCAGAUGAAUUCACUUUCGAUCAUCAAUCAGAAGAAUACAAGCUAUCCGUUCUACCAGAUGGUGUACCAAUUAUGUCCGUUGAAGUUCUAACCUCUUUCGGUUGGAAGAAGUACGCUCACCAAUCCUUCGGUCUAAACAGAUUUGGUGCUUCAGGUAAGGCUCCAGAAGUCUUCAAAUACUUCGAUUUCGUCCCAGAAGGUGUUGUCUCUAGAGCUGAAAAGACUAUUGCCUUCUACAAGGGUAAGGACCUAAUUUCUCCAAUUAGAUCUGCUUUCUAA